AUGGAAGGGAUGAGAAUGUUGGUUGUUAUUGAGUUUGCUUUUGAUAUAGGUGAUGAUGACUGGAAAAAAUUUCACUCAUUUUUCAUAGGAAUGGACAGAAGAUGCAAGAUCAUCAUCAUAAGUAGACUCCAAAGUUUAGCCAGAUUUGGAUCGGUGAAACCGAUUUUCCUAAGUGUUCUAUCUUAUGAUGAGUUGAGGUACCUUUUUAAGACACUAGCAUUCGGAAGCGUUGACCCUGCACAACAUCCACUAUCAGUACAGGUAGCAGAUGAAUUUGCCAAGGUGUUGCACGGUAUGCCAGGUGCACUUGUGGCAAAAAAUACGUUCGUAGAUGUCUUGAGAAGGAACCUCAGUGUUCAAUAUUGGCACUGUGUAUUGGACAAGAGGAAAAGAAUGGUUAAACGAAAUCUCUCCAUGUAUGGUGGACACCCAAGCAUGCUUAUAGGAGAAGGACAUCCAGUGGACAUAACGGAUUUUUCUUUGCAUCCACUUAGCAUGACACGCCAUACAAUUAAUGGUUCAACCAAGAAGGAAUUACCAUGUCUGACAUUUGGGGAACUUAUAGCAGAUCCUAGUGCUAGACCAAAGCAAGACUUUGUUCUAGUUUCAUGGGAAUCAAGGAUACCCCCACAUAAUUCGUUUGCUCAUUUUGUGACUAGUCAUGCUCAGAAUACACACGAAGGUGGUGCCUUGUCAGGGAGAAAGCGUCGAGGAGUGUCAAUCUAG